AUGUUGAACUUCUGUCGUGCCCGUACCAACUUCUGGGACGGGAACGUGGUUCUUGAGCAUACGAUUAAGGAGGGCAACCGGCAGCUCAUCACCCUCGACAGCGCCGUGGCCGUGGAGCAACUGGACGACAUGAUCACUCGGCUCGAGGGCCUCGUUGAAUUCCUGGACAAGGACGCGCAGUUUGCAGGCCCCUCCCUGACCAGUGGUUUCGCCACAUCAUCGGCCGUGCCCCAGAGGCUGCUGGGAUACCCCCGGGUGGACGGUGGUGGAGGGCAGCACCUGCAGCAGGAGAUGCAGCGCAAGUACACGGUGGAGGCUGAGGCGCAGGCACACGAGCGAGCUUCCCUGCAGCAGAUGGGCUCGCUGGUGCACCACGUCAUCCAGACGCUGGCGCUUUGGAAGCUGCUAUGCGAGCACGGCCUGUCCGUCCUCACCGCCGCUCUGCCGCUGGACAUACGCGACACCCUGAAGGCCAUGAGCCUGCAGGAGCUGGUGCUGCGGGGCGACGCCGUCACUGGCGGCCUCAUCACGGCGCUCAUCAACCGCUACAUUGGCGACUUGGCCUCCACCGACUCCAUCAGCCAGCACCUGCGUGCCGCCUGCCCCCUGCUCUACAGCGUCGAUGACGUCACCUGCUCCAAGGCCAACGAGCUGCUGCAGAAGUCGAGGCAGCAGCUGGGCGGCGCGGAGCGCGAGCGAGCGCUGCGCGAAUCUCUGCAGCUCAACCGCCUCAUCAGCCACCAGGUGGACCUGCCGCUCGUGUGCAGCCAGUACCGGCACGUGCGGUUCUACGAAGGUGUCCUGGAGCUGUCUCUCGGUGCGGCCGAGAGGAUCGACCCGCAGGGUUUGGGCCUCCACUUCUACAAGAACGGGGAGCCCUCCGAGGACGCUCAGGGCCGCCAGGCGUACAUGGAACGGCUGGAGUGCUACCGCUGUGUGACGGACAUGCUUCAGGAGCUGGUGCAGGCGUCGCGAGCGCCCGUCCAGUCCCCGAGCGUCCCGUCGCACCCGGGCCCGCCGGCCGCGCCGGCUGACACCAACCCCUUGCCCAGCACGGAGCAGGCCGCACAACACUAUGAGCAGAUGCUUCGUUUGGCUCAGCGCUGCACAGACGAGCUCUUCCACAUCUCCCUCUACGAGUGGCUCGUGGCUGCCGGCCUCCCCGACAAGCUGCUGGAGGUGUCCUCGCCGUACCUGCAGCCGUACCUGGUGCGCAUGAGCUCCCUGCAGCAGGACAAGCUCACCUACCUGGACCUGCUGUGGCGUUUCCACCAGAAGUCGGGCGCGUUCGGUGCCGCGGCCCGUGUGCUCGCCCGCCUCUCCGACAUGAGCAGCACGGAGGUGACGUUACAGCAGCGCAUGGAGUACCUCGCCCGCGCCAUCCUCAGCGCCAAGAGCUCCCCGACCGUGCCACCCCACGCCGCGGACGGCGAGUUUCUGCACGAGCUGGAGGAGAAGAUGGAGGUAGCGCGGAUACAGCUGCAGAUCCAAAAGACCCUCGGCAAGAGCUAUGGCUCCUAUCCCGGCAUUGCAGAGGCACUCGGCCAGCUGGACUCUCAACUGAUGGACGUCACCAAGCUGUACGGGGACUUUGCGGACCCGUACCACCUGUCGGAGUGCAAGCUCGCCAUCCUGCACUGCGCCAGCCACGCCGACACCACCCUUGUCCAGACGCUGUGGCGCGACAUCGUGGAGAAAGAGUUGCAGGAGAGUAUCUCCCGGAGCCCCACCGACCGCAUGCAGCUGCUGAACCAGAAGCUCGUGUCCCUGGGCAAGAGCUACAGCAGCACGCCACAGUACUUCCCGUUGGAGUUCCUGGUGCUGACGCUGGAGCAGCACGUGUGCACGCUGGGCUGGGACGAGGGCUUCGUGCCGCACACGCUGCUGCAGGUCGGCGCGGACCUGCCGCUGCUGCUGCACACCUACGACAAGGUCUUCCGCACCAAGGACACGUGCUGGUACCGGCUCCGACAGCCGCUGCACCUGCUGCAUUCAAUCCGCUCCAUCCUCAACAAGUACCUUCAGCAGCCGGAGACCGUGCCGCCCAGUGAAAGACGGUUGUUCACCAACACCUGCCUGGACCUGAUGGCCGACUACCUGAUGGAGCUGAAGACCAUGGAGCAGAGUCUGGAGCUGCAGCAGACCGUGGGGAGCUUCCGCUCGCUGCAGGCCAAACUCGAGAGGCUGCUCUGAAGGCCCCCCCCCCCCGCACCGGCUCCUCGGCUGCGCGGCACCAACUACUGCCGCCGCUACCCGCUCACCCGAGUGCCCGCUGCCUCAAUCCGUUUCUUGUCAGAACCUUCACCGUCGGUCGCCGUGUGCGUCUCGGUCAUCUGCAGCGGCCGGUUCUUGACCACAGGGCCCCGCUGUGGACAACUUUGCCCGAGAUAACCGUCGGAUUUUGUCGCACGCGGCACACGCGGAAGGAAGAUGGGGUUGCCUCCGCCUGUUUCUGCUCGUGCUGGAACGGGCGGGGGGGUGGGUGGACAGACCUUUGGUGCUGUUUGUUUUUAUGGACGUUUUGAGAUUUUCUAAUUGUUGGAUGUGAGUGAAUGACAAAUAAAUGAAUGCGUGAUUAACUGGAGCAGGUGAGAGAUGAAGCAUUGCUCUUUUGAAUCUUUUUUUUUCCUUUGUAAGAGACUCCGUCCUUGGUCGUACAAAAUAUCCCACUAUUGAGAACAUUGGCCAGCAGCAAUAGCAGCUCCCGGCCUUGAGCACCGUUGAGUGUAAGUUGGUGUUGCUGCUGUUAUCGAGGAUUAAGGCUUAAAAUUCCCCUGUCGUUACAGUCGAAUGCGAACACGCGAAGAUAUGAUUGGGACAAAACGAGCGGGCGAGCGAGCGAUGCCUGUUCUGAAGGAGUCGGGCCAGACGCGGUGGUGUUGCUUUUGGUUGCCAUUUGCCCCUGGCCCAGUGCCGGACUAAGCUAGUGUGGGGCCUGUAGCAGAUGUUAGAAAGGGGCACUAAAUAAGAAACAUUAAAACACAUUUUUAACUUGCAUGGUGAAGUAAUUGUAUUUUUUCAUUUGCUGUACGGCCAGAUAAUACGACAAAUCGCGAACCUUAAACACCCAGUCGUUCAUAAAAGUUGAAGGCGGUAUAGUACUAUAGUAAUAGUGCAAGUGCAGAAUCACUGAACCGAAAUUGAAAGCUUGAAAUCAUUUAGCGCGGGGCCCUUGAAAGUGCGGGUUCCGUCGCAUGUACAGCUACUGACCCUGGCACAACAAAUAUAAACUGCCCCCCCCCCCCCGUGUCUUAAUUUUAUCCUCUACCGCUCUGCAUAGCUGGUGCAGUGGGGGAGAUCCCCCCCUCCCCGCUCGUUUGUGUGUGUACCAAUGAUGAAUGAAAGUACUCUGAGCUGCCGACGGCUUGCUACUGUCGUGCCGUUUUGCAACGCGGUGUUUUUUAAGUCUCUCGCAUAUUUUGGAGUUCUCCAGUGGAAUGAUUUCGACACGUGAUGUGUGGGGGUUUUCUUUUGGCACGUGAUGUUUUGCCUUGGUGGCGGUGAAGUGUUUCUGGAUUCCCACAUGCGCCUGUGGAACAUAGAUCUACCAUCAUUGUUUGGAUUAUAAGAUACUCUGCAAAGUAAGACCCUGCACCCUUAAACGUCUGCUCGGUAUCAAUAAAGUUGUACAAAUACACCCA